AUGAAAAGGGGGAAGAGAAAGAUAGAAAAAAAGGAGGAGAAUCCAAAAAUAAGUCAUCUUGAGCCUGGAGGCGCAAGGCGAAGAUUGGAAAGGGGGAAAGGAGGAGGAGAGGGAGAGGGAGAGGGAGAUGGAGAUGGAGAGGGAGGGGAGGGGGAGGGGGAGGGGGGGGAGGGACCAAUCAGAAUGUUCAGGAAGUUAAUUAUGUACACCCCGUCCUACGAACCAUUGUCUCUUCAACCCUGCAAGGAACAAACUGACUCAACCAUCUUCCAGCUGCGAAUGAAAGGAGGGGGGGGUGGAGGAGGAGGAGGGGAGGAGGAGGAGGAGGAGGAAAGGGAAGAAGAAGAGGAAAAGGGGGAGGAAACGGAAAUGCACACUAGAGACAGGAAGACGAAGGGGAAUCACACACAAAAAACAACAUUUCCAUCUUGA